AUGUCUUCAUUCACUGCCUUUGACUUCGCUGCUGGUCAGCCUUCGAUCAUGGAAAACAUGACGUUUGGUAUCGAGUUUGAAUUUUUGUGCUACGCACCACCCAAAAUCAAUCCUAGAAGCCACCUCUNNUUGGAAGCCCUCAAGAAGCCCGUUAUUCUCCCUUGCGAUUGUUGCGGUUAUAACCACUCAUGGUUGCUGCCUACCGAGGGCAGCCUCGAUGGCUUUGUCCCUGCCUUUUCUACUUGGACUAUGCACCGUGAUAUUACUGUCAAGGCCAGCGACGACGAGAAGAUCCACGUUCCGGAAGGCUCUGUUUUCUACAACAUGGAGUUGGUGUCUAGAGUUAUGAACUUUUCCAAGUCUACGCCUGAUCCUCUUGGCNAUCCCUGUAACGGUGAGUUGUUUGAGUGGGACUCUCAAACCGAGAUCAGCACUUUCAUUCGCAGAGUUCACGAGAUAUUCUCAGGUCAUGGGUUUGCUGUCGCUAACAACAAGAGCACUGGUCUUCACAUUCACUUCAGCAAUGGUAAAUAUCAACCUUCUGUCAAGACUUCGCUUGGAAUGUUUGGUGUCUUUGCAGCCCUCGAGCGUCAAUUUGAUCAAAUUCUACCAGCUUCUAGAAUCUCCAGUCUGGCUUUUGAGGGUCCUACGCCUGGUUUACACAAACCAACUCCCGAGCACAAAUACGGUGAUGUCAGUGAUUGGGUUGGCUCUGGCUCUAGGGCCUUUCUCGAGAUGAUGCGCUUGUCUGUUAAAACCGCCAUCAAAAACGAUCCCGAAUUCAAUCGCUCUACUAUUACCGAGGCGCUCCAGGGCUGCAAUGCUCCGGCCUGGCUUGACUCCCUCUCAAACUUUGAUGAGGAGGUUGAUGAUUUCUUGAAUACUUGGCCGCACGAUGACAGUACCGGUGACGUUCUCAGCCGUCGUAGUAUGGCUAUCAAUCUUCAAAAUCUAACUUCGGGUGUUGGGAAAAGCACAGUUGAGGUCAGAGCAGCUCCUGGAUCUCUAGACUUCUCCGAGGUUUGGGAGUGGCUUCAAUUCAUGGGUAAGCUUAUGUUGUGGCUCUCGACUCCUGAUAUCGACCACAAUGCAAUCAUUACAAACAUUUGGGCUAACCCUAUCAGCACUGUUCUCGACCUCCUCAAGGAAAUCGGCGCCUCGCAAUCUACCGUGAGUUUUUACACUGAUCGUCUGUCUGCUGACUGGGCUGUUCGUCGUCGCACUCGCCUAAUUUCUACUAUCAAAGAAGACAACCCUUUCAAGAUCUUUCUAACCACUAUAGAGGACAAUCGUCUAGCUGACUAUCGUCGCGAAACCAUUGACUCAAAGAUCCUACAGAAAAUCGAAGGUGGCUAUUAUGGUCAGAUCUCCAAUGCGCUCUUCAAAACCCUACCCGCCAAAACCCAAACCUCACACACUUUCUUAAACAUGGAAACUUGCGAUUAUGAAAAAUGGACUGAUAAGGUUAUAGCCGAUGCCGCACCUGUUAUUGUUCAACCUUCUUCCUCUAAUACAUCAUCGUCUGACAGUUGA